GUAUAUAUCAUGUGUCGUACGCCGCGUACACUUUAGUGUUUAUCGGUAGGAAGGGAAGGAAAGACCACGGAUACGUGCUUCUCUUGGAUCCAGUGAGUCGCGCGUUUUCGUGGUGAGAGGAUCGCGAGCGAAUCUCGACCGCGGAAGGAGCACACGAGCUCGGAGACUUCCUCGCAGGUCAUCGCACGCACGCACGCACGCACGCACAAGCGUCGCGAUCGGUUCCCGACUCUCCCCCGGCCAAUCGAUACCGUCUCGCUCUUUCGCCGCGCCCGAGAUCAAACGGCGCGAUCUUGAACACCGACCAACACGCGGGUUUCGGCAUGGCUCCGGCAAUCAAGAUCCUCCUCGUCCUGCUCUGUGCCCUGCUCGCCGUGGCGAUGGCCACCGAGUCAUCAACGGACAACGUUGAGGGGCAGCAAACCGGCAGAUCGCGGGUCUCCGACGAACAACUGAACAUAGCCCUGAGCGACAAACGUUACUUGAACAGACAGCUUAAGUGCGCCCUGGGAGAGGCGCCGUGCGACCCCGUCGGACGUCGUUUGAAAAGUUUAGUGCCGCUGGUUCUGAGAGGCUCCUGCCCGCAGUGCAGCCCCGAAGAGAUACGUCAGAUCAAGAAGGUCCUUUCUCACAUUCAGCGAUCCUUCCCGAAGGAGUGGAACAGGAUAGUGCAACAAUACGGAGCUUCAUAAACGAGAUAUAAUAUAAACGCGCCGGUCACGACGAGGCUGAAUGUACAGAAUGCAGUAACAGGAAAGGAUACACGGCGGCUCAUCUAUAGAAAACAUCGUCGAUCAAAUUCAUUAAUUUAAUAUUACUGUUAACGAUGGCGCACGAGAGAAGCGUAACUCGAUCAAAAGAGAUAUAUUUAAAUUAUUAUCAGAAGUUAAUACGUAGAGAUUCAAUUUUGAUACGAGAUUUUAUCUGUAUUAUCUAUUUAUAAGAUGUUGAAUACUUAUAAUAAAUUGUAAUCGCACGCUUAAUAUAUUCCAGUUUAAUAAAGCUUAUUGUCGUUUUUAAUUUA